GGAGUUCCGCUUGACAAUAUCAUUCACAAAAUGAUUCUUGAUGUUUUGCAACAAAGUUACCUACUUACUAUCUAGGUCCAUACCUAUCCUCCCCCCAUCAACAUAUAUUCUCAAUUCGCACUCCAAGUGACGAUGUCUCUCUUCCAACGCCUCCCUUUCUUCCUCCACACCCUCAUCGAAGUUCCCGCAUCCUUGAAUUUCUUCCUCAACCCUUCAUCUCAACUUUCCGUUCCAGCACCACAAGCUCAUACCGUUAUCCAACAAUACGCGACUCUUCUUUUCGUCUCAUGUCUCAUCUCAAUCAUAUUCGCUUCGCGGCCUGUUGAUAGAACAAGUCGUAAUGUCGCGGGUGCUUUAUCGUUGUAUCAUGUUGCUCCUGCAAUCAGGGCUGGAGGGCGACUUUUAGCGGGAGAAGGAUUCAAGAAAGGAGUAAAGGGUUUGGGGGGUCCUGGGGUGCAUUUGCUUGUCCAUUUCAUUUGCUGUGCUAGUCUUUUGAGACUUUUUUUAUCGCGAAGGAGGAAGAGAUGAUUUUGAAGAGCUGCUUUGAUUAUUCGUUCGAAUCCGGGGUGGAUUCUUUCCUAGCUUCAUUCUUUUGGAAGCGAAAGGGAACUCAACUCUAUUGAAUAUAUGCCAUGUAAAUUUACAAGGUACUAUCCACAGAGAAGAAGAUUCCGUCCAGUAUCUUGUGAUGAC